CGUCCACGCUCCGGGCCACGCCCAGGUCACGCCUUCCCAGCGCGCCGCCGGGCCUCCGCCGUUGCUAAGCGGCCUUGGAUACCUGGCGGCGGGAUGCUGGGCGGCGUCAGGUGAAGAUGGUGGUCACCGAGCCUCAGGUAACCAUGGAGAAAGAGCUUCGGAGCACCAUUCUUUUCAAUGCAUACAAAAAGGAAGUAUUUACCACCAACAAUGGCUAUAAAUCCAUGCAGAAGAGACUUCGGAGCAAUUGGAAGAUUCAGAGCUUAAAAGAUGAAAUUACAUCUGAGAAGUUAAUUGGGGUGAAACUGUGGAUUACAGCUGGGCCAAGGGAAAAGUUUACUGCAGCUGAGUUUGAGGUCCUGAAGAAAUACCUUGACGGCGGUGGAGAUAUCCUUGUGAUGCUAGGAGAGGGUGGGGAAUCCAGAUAUGACACCAAUAUUAACUUUCUCCUAGAAGAAUAUGGAAUCAUGGUUAAUAAUGAUGCUGUGGUUAGAAAUGUAUAUUAUAAGUAUUUCCAUCCUAAAGAAGCUUUAGUUUCCAAUGGAGUGUUGAAUAGGGAGAUUAGCCGAGCUGCAGGGAAAGCUGUGCCUGGAAUCAUUGAUGAGGAGAGCAGUGGAAACAAUGCCCAGGCUCUCACCUUUGUAUAUCCUUUUGGUGCCACAUUGAGUGUCAUGAAACCAGCAGUGGCUGUUCUGUCCACAGGUUCUGUCUGUUUCCCGCUUAACAGACCCAUUCUGGCUUUCUACCACUCCAAGAACCAAGGUGGGAAGCUGGCAGUGCUUGGCUCAUGUCACAUGUUUAGUGACCAAUAUUUGGAUAAAGAAGAAAACAGCAAAAUCAUGGAUGUUGUUUUCCAGUGGCUUACAACAGAAGACAUUCACCUAAACCAGAUUGAUGCUGAGGAUCCAGAGAUUUCCGACUACAUGAUGCUGCCCGACACAGCCACUCUGUCAGAGCGGCUUCGAGUGUGUCUCCAGGAGGGGGAUGAGAACCCGAGGGACUUCACCACCCUCUUUGACCUGUCCAUUUACCAGCUGGAUGUCACCUCCCUCUCCAAGGUCAUCAAGGCUUAUGAACAGCUCAAUGUGAAACAUGAACCUCUCCAGCUCAUCCAACCUCAGUUUGAGACGCCGCUGCCUGCCCUUCAGCCGGCGGUUUUCCCUCCCAGUUUCAGGGAAUUGCCACCUCCUCCGUUGGAGCUGUUUGACCUGGAUGAGACGUUCUCCUCUGAGAAGGCACGGCUUGCACAGAUUACCAAUAAGUGUACUGAAGAAGACCUGGAAUUCUAUGUCAGGAAGUGUGGUGACAUUCUUGGAGUAACCAAUAAACUACCAAAGGACCAACAAGAUGCCAAACAUAUUCUUGAGCACAUCUUCUUCCAAGUGGUGGAGUUCAAGAAAUUGAACCAGGAACAUGACAUUGAUACAAGUGAAACUGCAUUCCAGGACAAUUUCUGAGGACGUGCCUCUUGAAGCAUUUUCUGCCUUUCGAUUUGUAAACUUUUUCAGUUGUUCCUUCAUGCCUGUAUCAAAACUAUCUACUCCUUCUAUGAGCUCUGGAAGGUUUGUGCAUCUUCUGUAGUACCCAGAUAGGUAUAACAUUUUUAACUUAGAAGAUGCUUAUGUAAGAUACAUUCCAUUUUUUAAAUUAAAUCUGAUUGAAUCUGUA